AUGUGGAUGAACAGCCAGCCCCGGAGCAUCUGUAUUGCCCCUACUGAGGGGCAGGUGCCCCCGCGGCCUUGCCGGUGCUCUGCCCGAGGCGAGGGGCUUCCCCGCAGCCUGCGCUCUUUCACGCGGAGGACAGAUGGAAGUUUUGUGGUUCAUGAUGUACCUUCAGGAUCUUACGUAGUGGAAGUUAUAUCCCCUGCUCAUAAAUUUGAGCCCGUGAGAGUUGACAUAACUUCAAAAGGCAAAAUGAGAGCAAGAUAUGUGAAUUACAUCAAAACCUCUGAAGUUGUCAGGCUGCCAUACCCACUCCAGAUGAAAUCUUCUGGGCCUCCUUCAUACUUUAUAAAGAGAGAAUCUUGGGGAUGGACAGAUUUCCUCAUGAACCCUAUGGUGAUGAUGAUGGUUCUUCCAUUACUGAUAUUUGUGCUUUUGCCUAAAGUUGUCAACACCAGUGAUCCUGAUAUGAGACGGGAAAUGGAGCAGUCAAUGAACAUGCUGAAUUCCAACCAUGAGCUGCCAGAUGUCUCUGAAUUCAUGACAAGACUAUUCUCUUCAAAAUCUUCCAGCAAAUCUGGUAGUAGCAGCAGUAAAGCAGGGAAAAGUAGUUCUGGAAAAAGGAGGUAGUUAAGUCUUCCUCCUAAGCCUGAGUUUGCACAACUGUUUAUGUGGUAUCAUGUUUAUUUGUCUUGAAAGAUCAAAAAGCCACUACUGUAAACUUUAAUCAGGCACAAAAUACAGUAUGCUACAACUGUGGUGUGUAGCUUUUUUUAGUCUAUAUAAGCUGUUUUGUACUUGACAGUAAGCGGACAGAGGACAUGGCUUCAAUACUGUAUCUGUAUAAAGUUAUUGAUGAUACUGAAUUAACUAUAUUGUUCUGCAGAGAAUUAUUAUAAAUUAUAUGAUGUGCUAAACAGUAAUGAAUGUCUUAAUCGUAAGACAACGUUUAAAAAAAAAUUCAAAGAUAAUAGAAGUGGAGUUCAGUUUAAGAUGGCUUUAAUGUUUUAUACUUGCUGUUGAGUUCUGAAAUGAACAAAUCCUCCUUUCAAAACUGAGUCGUGGGUUUACCGAGUAAGUAAUUUGCUGUAUCAGCUUGUCAUAUGUGUUACAUAUAAAAUAAUUUUAUUUUACAUUGCUGCCUGUACACUUCAGUUCAAGGACUUUCCACUUUUUAUUGCCCAGUUUUAUUCUGAUCUACUUUCUGCUAAAAACUCUUUGGGGGGGGGAAGCAAAGCAUCCUGCAUCAGAAAAUCUUUUAAGUUCUGUCAAGUUAAUUAUGAAUCCAAGGUAUCUAUAUAACAUGAUGAACAUUAUCUUCCUAAAUCACAUGUAUCGCUUCUGCAGCACUUUUGGUUCUUACUCUUUUCUGUGUGCUAUGCAUUCAUCUUAUCAGUGGUAUGAUUGGAGGCCAAAUACAGAACAAAAUUUUUAAAAUGAAAGAAAAAACCUAAAAUUUUCAUAGGAAGGUAAAUCCCCCUCAUCUUUUGAAUUAUGUUCCAAAGUAUAAGGCUAUCUCUAGGUAUGCUAAGUCACUGGCAAAACUGUUCUUUGAGCAUGCCUGUAUGCCUGUACUGCAAUAUCUUUCCAACUUACCCAGUAACUUCAGAGAAAAGUUGAAAAAAUUGAUUGUUUUCCACUAGAUGAACAUUUGCAAAUUAAAAUGACAGCAAUAUCUGC